CAAUGACAAAACGCCGGCCUUUUCCGCCUCGGAGCGUCUGUUGUUUCAACGCGGAAAAAUUGGUAAAUGAUGGCAGCGAAUAAUUAUUUUGGGUUUACUCACGGAGGAACCCAAUAUGGCGCUGCGACUGCUGGGGCUGCGUAUGGUGGCCAGACAGGGUACGCCGUAGCUCCUGCAGCAACUGCUGCGACUUACGGAACACAACGUGCCGCAGCCACAGGCUACGACACUGCAUAUCAGGCCGCGGCAGCUACUCAAGCAGCAGCGCACGCGCACGCGCACGCUGCGGCUGCGGCGGCGUCAGCGUACGACGCGAGCAAGUCCGCGUACUAUCAGCAGGCCGCCGCCGCCUACCCUACUGCCGCGCCGCCGCAACCGCAGCCCGCCUACGACGCCACCGCCAAGCCCGCCUACUCCACGCCCGCCACCUACGCACAGGUUCAGGGCGGGCAGGGCGUUCGCGCAGGCGGCGGCGCGAAAGCGGCAUACGGCGGCGUGUACACGCACACGCAUACACACACGCACACCACUGCUGCCACCUCCUACCCCGCGCAGCCUUACACUGCGCCCACGCAGCAUCAACCAGCCAAAGCGGCUAAUCGGGGCAACACUGCUUACGAUACGGCGCUUUACAACGCAGCGACCAUGUACGUCGCACAACAAAACAAGACUGGUGGUGGAGGUGGUUGGAAAAAUUACAACAAGAGCGGUGUCGGUGCUGGACAGCAGCGACGUCCUAAACCCCCACCGAAGACUCAGCAGCUGCACUACUGCGAUGUCUGCCGCAUCUCAUGUGCUGGACCACAGACUUAUAAGGAGCACUUGGAGGGGCAGAAGCACAAGAAGAAGGAGGCGGCCGUGAAGCUGGCGGCGGCAGGCGCGGGCGCGGCGGCGGGGGCGGGGGCGGGCAGCCGUGCAGCGGGGGGCGCGCUCCGCUGCGAGCUGUGUGAUGUCACGUGCACCGGUGCCGACGCGUACGCGGCACACGUGCGCGGCAUCAAGCAUCAGAAAGUCGUCAAACUACACACCAUGCUCGGCAAGCCCAUACCUUCCACAGAGCCCACCAAGUUGGGAGGCGACAAGGACAAGGACGGAGAGGACAAGGAAGACGAGGCAGAUCCCGAGCCCGAGGUACAGCCUGUGGGACAGGAUUAUAUUGAGGAGAUACGCGGCGACGAUGGAAAACCGCUAAGUUUCAAUUGCAAGCUCUGUGACUGCAAAUUCAACGAUCCCAACGCCAAGGAGAUGCACAUGAAGGGACGCCGUCAUCGGCUGCAGUAUAAGAAGAAGGUUCAGCCGGACCUGGAGGUGAAGGUGAAGCCGUCAAUGCAUCAGCGCAAGCUGGCCGAGGCUAAGGCGCAGCGCAUGAUGGUGCGCGACGAGCUAUGGGCGCGCCGCCGCAUGCACGACGGCAUGGAGGAGGACGAGCGCGUGUACUGGGAGGGCGGCCCUGAGCCCUGGUGGCCACGUCCUCAUCACCACCAUCAUCACCAUGGAAUGGGAAUGCCGUACGGUCCCGUGGGUCGUCGGCCAGAGACGUCUGACGAUCGGCACGUGUUGGCUAAACACGCGGACAUCUACCCCGGGGAACAACAACUCGCGGAUAUACAGCGGUGCGUUUCACACACCGAGCGGGCACUCAAGUCACUCUCCGACGCGCUCGUCGACCAAGCCCGACCCAAGGGACAGACUCCAUCCAAGACACAGGUGAAAGCAGAAGACAAGAAAGAUGACAAACCAGAGGGCAAAGAAGAUGGUCGCGAUAAUCAGUUGUUCUCGUUCAUGGGUGAGGGGGAGAGCGCUGGUGCGAGCGGGUCGGAGAAUAGCAGCGGGGCGGCUGGUGUGGGGUCGGGGGCGGGAGGCGGCGUGGGCGGGCGCGCGCUGAAGGGCGUGAUGCGUGUGGGGCUGCUGGCCAAGGGCCUGUUGCUGAAGGGUGACCGCCAGGUGCGGUUGGUGGUGUUGUGCCACGACCGACCCACCGUCACACUGCUCAAGAGAGUCGCUGCCGACUUGCCUCUACACCUCGCCAGGGUCAAGGGUCCAGGCGACGAACCUAAAUACAAAGUAGAACUACAACCGGCCGAGGGCGCCGUGUUAGUGUCGGACGGGACCGUGCGCGUUCUCGUCAGCCUCACCUCCGCCGUCAUGAGGGAACCGAACGAGGGUGGCGACAUAAAGCGAGACGACAAGGAUGUGCUACCGCGGCAGAAGUGUUUGGACGCGUUGGCCGCCCUUCGGCACGCCAAGUGGUUCCAGGCUAGGGCUGCCACGCUGCAGUCCUGCGUUAUCAUCAUCAGGAUCAUGCGCGACCUGUGCCGCAGGAUACCCAACUGGACGCCGCUCAAUCCAUAUGCAAUGGAGCUGCUGGUGUCGGGCGUGCUGCAAUCGGCGGGCACCGGGUUGUCCGCGGGCGAAGCCCUGCGCCGCCUUAUGGAGGCCGUCAGUGGAGGCCUGCUGCUAGAGCACGGGCCCGGCCUAAGAGACCCAUGCGAGAAGGAACUCGUGGAUGCACUUGGUAAUUUGCCACCUCAAAAACGCGAAGACUUGACUGCAUCGGCGCAACAGUUUUUGAGACAAAUUGCAUUCAGGCAAAUCCACAAGGUGCUGGACAUGGAGCCGCUGCCGAAGGUGAAGCACGCGGCCGGAGGGUGGAAGUUCCCGCGCAAGCGCAGGCGCUCUCACACCGACCACGACCCCGAAACCGACCAGCCCAACGGUGAAGGUAAAGUUGUUAAGACAGAAGAGAAGAUGGACGCGACGGACUCUACCAAGAAGUAAACCUGCAUCGGACGGCCUUGGCGACGUACAUUGCCGUACGGUGCCCACUAUCCAUAUUUCUAUGGAACUAUUCCGAUAUCUCGGCCGAGAUAUAGUGAAUUCAUAUUUAUUUAUACCGGUCCAGAGUUUUAAUAUAACCUUUCAGAUUUAAAAAUGUUUAUAUUUUGUGUAAAACGUUUUACUAUAUCGUUUCGGUCAAACAAACUUGAAGUAUCGUCUUCGAGCAGAUGAUCUGUCCAAAACUAUACUAAAGUAGACCCGAGAUGUUUAGCGUUCGGAGAUAAAUAGGUAGAUUUUUAGGUUCUAUAUUAAAUGUAAAUUAGUAUUUAGAAUUAAUAGAAUGAGAGACAGGGAUAGAUCUUGAAAUGAGACUCUGCGGGAUGACAUAGAUAGGAUGUUUAUGGAAUUAGAGCUUGUAAGGGUUUCUUUUAUUAUAAAAUUUUUAGAAUAACAGUAUUUGACUUUGAUUAUUAGUUCCUUCUUAUUCGGCCUCGCCGAUUAGUUCUCCGCAAUGCAACACAGCAAUAAACAUAAUCAGAAACCGUGUUGUGUGCUUUUUUAUAUUAGUUUUGUAAGUUUGUAUAUUUCCAAAUGUUAUUAAGUCCCCACGUGGAAAUACGCGUGAUUUUUGAAGUCUGUCGCACUUUAAGAUUAUAAGUCGGAAGCUAUAAUUUAUUACAUUUUAAGUAUGUUUAUUAACGACACUGAAUAUCGAGCGACAACUUAUUUACUUAUGAUGUUGCAUACAGUUUUGGUUUCGUCUAAUUAUUUAAAUAGUAAAAUUGAAACGUGAUAGAUACCUACUCUAAACUACAUUCAUCGAGUGAAUUGGAGAAGCAUGUUAUGAAUCAUGUGGUAUAUGGUGAUGAGAAAUAAAUUCAUGCAUUGUUUCUUCUUCGUUAAAGAUCCCAUACGUAUAUCGUGUAUGUAUUCCUUAACCGAUAAUUAAAAACUAAUUGU